GCCAUAUAUGAAUAUCAGCUCUCUUAAACGGUCUCCAUCAUCUUCUUUGGACAAUGAAGAUUGCCCCUCACAGCCAUCUCAUAUGAGGGUUUCUAGGCCACGAAUGGACGACAAGCUGCCAGAGAGAGGCUUGAAGUCCACUGCAGUUAGGCCUUAUGUUCGAUCGAAAAUGCCUCGGCUUCGGUGGACGCCUGAUCUUCAUCACUGCUUCGUGCAUGCCGUUCAACGGCUUGGAGGAGAAGACAGAGCUACUCCAAAGAUGGUUUUACAACUAAUGAAUGUGAAGGGCCUUACCAUAUCUCACGUAAAGAGCCAUCUUCAGAUGUAUAGGAGUAUGAAGCAUGAGCAGAUGAUACAAGAAGCAGCUAUGGCAGCAAAGAAGAAUGAUAAGGCACAGGGCAUUCUACAUUCAAACUAUAACUUCUUAUGCUUCAAACAGAGAUAUUUCCAACAGAGUGAAAAGUUCGCGGCCGUAUUAAUGAUGGAUAACAACUCAUUCCAGGGCAGGAACAGUACUGGGACUGAUCAUUGCAAUGAAGAUCUUACUCCCAAUAAUACAAGCAUGCCAGCCCGAUGGGUGGGGAAGCAAGAGAUCAUGCGGAUUGGAAGGAAAAUGACCGAGCCAUCACCAAUAUCCCAAGAAAUAACAAGCAAAGCAUGGGAGCAGAAACCAAAUUCUUACAUCAUCUUCAAAGAUCUUCUCGAGAGCUGUGCCACUAGAGGGACAAAUGAGCAAAAAAGAGUACCCUUACAAGAUACUGCUGCCGGUUGCCAGAGCAAUGAUCGAACAAAAGAAACACCCGCAGAGAAUAUAGAGCGAGUGGAUGAUUAUAAAAUGUCUUUAUCAAUGAACUCAAUAGGGUCCAGGUCAUUGUUGAAGCUGCACAAAAGUGCAGAUCAUGUCAAUGAUGUUUCUCUUGAGCUCACUCUUGCUUGA